AUGGCAUUCCUAAGAUUCGCUUAUAAAAACUCCUGGCGAUACUACAGUCAAUCCACACGGCGUUUGUAUAAAAUACCUAUAAGAAGAGUUAUAUUACCUACAACGAUUGCUUUGUACCUGACAGACAAAUCAGUCUCAAAACAAUGUAGUGCCAUAUAUAAUGACUCAUUAAAACCAGAUCCCAAGGGUGAUACUUUCGAAAUGGGUCUCUACAUUUCUUCUGAGAAUGAAUUGCAGGAAAAGCUCAAAACUUUCAGGUCUACGAAGGUCACUGAAUCACCCAAUAAAAUAAUGAGAUUUCUAAGAAUUUUUUGGUUUGGUUUCAAUGACAAUGUUAUCGAACCUGUAUGCACUAUUUUGAGAUUUUUAGAGAUCUCUGCCAUUUUUUUACCCCUUUUGUUACUGUACCCCAUAUCUUGGUUCGGUUAUAAACUUAAAGUUACUGACACCAAUAUAACUGAGACCCGAGGUUCAUUGAUUUGGUGUCAAUUGCUACGUAAGGCAUUGGAAUUAGCUGGUCCAAGUUUUAUUAAACUUGGACAAUGGGCAGGAUCGAGAACAGAUAUAUUCUCUCACGCCUUGUGUCAUGAAUUAGGUAAAUUGCAUAGCAAUGUAUCGGCUCACUCUCUAAGAUUCACUCUUAAAAAGCUUUCCCAAGCAUUAAAGGUGGACAAAAUUGAAGAUGCUUUUGAUGAAUUUAAUUGUGCGCCAAUCGGAGUUGGGUCCAUCGCUCAAGUUUACGUGGGUGAACUAUCUCAGAACUACAUUGACAAAUAUGAUAAUAUACAAAUCGGUAAGGACGGUAAUCGUUGGUGUGCAAUCAAGAUUUUACAUCCAAAUGUAAGAUCUCAGAUUCGGAGAGAUUUGAAAAUAAUGAAAUUCUUUGCUGCCGCAAUUAACUGGAUCCCGACCAUGGAAUGGUUGUCUUUACCUAGCGAAGUCGAUCAGUUUUCCAUACUAAUGAACAUUCAAUUGGAUCUAAGGAUCGAGGCUUUGAACCUAGAGAAAUUCAAUGAGAAUUUCAAAAAUUCUAUUCAAGUGAAAUUUCCUAAACCAUUUCUUUCCUUAUCAAAUAGAGAUGUUAUGUUUGAAGAGCAUGUAUAUGGUCUUUCUAUGGAAAAGUUUCUAUCUACAAAAAAUGAGCUUGACGACGUUGAACUUUGUAAGAAGGUUAGCGAUCCUUUCGUCGACGCAUUUUUACAAAUGUUAAUUCUUGACGAUUUUGUUCAUGCAGACUUGCAUCCCGGUAAUGUUAUAAUCAGAUUUGUCAAGACAAACAAAUACGGGACAAAUAUCAUAUCCUCCGAACUUGAGUCGUUCCGGAUAACACGUGCAUUAAGGACAAAGAUUGAAGAAGAACAGGAUCAGGACUUUGUAGGUGAACUGAAGUCUAUACUGACUAAUUAUACGCCCCAAAUAUGUUUCAUCGAUACAGGAAUAAUCACAGAAUUGAAUGAAAAGAACAGAAUUAAUUUCAUCGCCCUUUUUAACGCCUUGGCACGAUUCGAUGGUUAUAGAGCUGGUGAGUUGAUGAUUGAAAGGUCAAGGACUCCAGAAACAGCCAUUGAUAAGGAAUUAUUUGCGUUUAAAGUAGAAAAGUUAGUUGACAAAGUUAAACAAAGAACGUUUACAUUAGGAACUGUAUCAAUUGGUGAUUUGCUCGAUCAGAUGUUAAGUAUGGUGAGAUCCCAUCAUGUCAGAAUGGAAUCUGACUUUGUUUCCGUGGUAGUGGCUAUUUUACUCUUAGAGGGUAUUGGACGACAAUUAGAUCCAAAUUUGGACUUAUUCGAAAGUUCGCUACCCAUAUUACGUGAGUUUGGGUUUAAGCGAGAAGCCAAAAGUCUCCUGAAAGAUGCAAGCACAUUCUCGAUGCUCAAGAUAUGGGUUGGUUUGGAAGUGCGUCAAUUAAUGCAUCUGUCCAUGAAACAAAUAUAUGAUCUUGUUAGAACCGACCAAUUGUGCCCUAAUUAUUAA